AUGCCGUCACAUAAGCUACCAAUUCGUUGCUUGCGGACUGAGCUGUGCUGGGCUACCAGCGCACACGCUUUGAUAGGCCGACCGGAUAGGGUUUAUAAUAUGAGGAAGAGGCUCGAGCAGGUCGAUGCUCGAAGGGCUGCCGUGGAGGAGGCUUACGCUGAGCUCGAGGACUCGGAGGUAGAAAAGGGAGUCCUGGACUCCUGCCGCGCGGACUACGAGCAGUUCCUCGCGCUCACGGACGAAUUGAUCGAGGCGGGGGCCAAGGACGCGGAGAAGGAGCGCGAAGCUCGGCUGAGUGUCCUGCUCGAGUCCCCUCGGAAGCCGCCCACUCAGCCAGAGCUGAUAGGACGACUCCCCACGCUGGACCUGCCAAGGUUCUCCGGGGUCCUCUCGGAAUGGCUGACAUUCGUCGGUAUGUUUGACAGCCUGGUGGACGUCCGGAGGGACUUGACCCCCUGCCAAAAACUGGGGUACCUCCUGGCAUCACUGGAGGGGGAGGCCCUGGGCAUCGUCGGCCACCUUAAGGUGUCGGACGACGCCUACCAAAACGCCAGGGACCUCCUCGCUGGAAGGUACGCCAACGUCCGGCGGAUUGCUGACGAGCAUGUUCGGAGGCUGCUGAACCUCCCGCUGCUGAGGGACCGGACCAGACUACGUGAGGACAUAGUGAAUCCAGUCGUCGUAGCGUGCAACUCGUUGCGGCGGCUGGAUUUACCUGUGGACGAGUGGUCUUUUUUGCUACAUCAUAUAGUGCUGUCCCGCCUGCCCCUCGACCUUCGGCUCCAUUUUGAGGAGAGGUACGGAGGGGAUGGCGCUUCGUAUAUUCCCCCCUUUACGGACCUGCUGCGGUUCCUGGAGGAGCAGUGUAGGCAGUUAGAGAACGCAGCAGGCGCCGUCGAGGGCCCCCCGGCAGCCUCCCGAGCGGUGCCAAGGGAGAGGCGGAAUCAGACGGCCAAGGCGUCGCCCACCCCCCUGAGGCCGAGCGGAGCCCCCGCGGGAGGGCGCCCCCCACCCUCCUAUAGUGGCCUAGCGGCCCGGGAGGCGCCUCCCUGCUCCUAUUGUCGAGCAUCCUACCACCGGGCGGCGUCGUGCCCGAAGUUGUUGCGCAAGCCUGCUACGGCGAGGCGAACCUUCGCCAGGGAGCGCCGCUGGUGCUACUCGUGCCUGGAGAGGCAUUUACAACGAGACUGCCAGCACCAGCGGCUCUGCACGCACUGCUAA